GAUCUCUUUGAAAACUUACAUUGUUGGGGCAUUAUAAAACCUGGGUACUAGUUCAUUGUUUGAUUUUAAUAUAAUAAUAACUGGGUUUGAUAUUUUCUAGUGUCGGCUGUUGACCUUCCUAGCUUCCGAUAUGUGUAGUUUGGCUUUUGAGAAAAAUUUGGUUUUUUUUUUUUUUUGGUAAUGAUAAUGUUUGGGAAUCUGAUUUCCUGGAGAGCUUGAAAUUUUGGGACUUUUGAGCAUAGUGCAGUAAUUUGAUAAGAAAAUAUGGAAGACACACUUGCAAUCGCAAAAGAUGUUACUGAAUUAAUAGGAAAUACCCCAAUGGUAUAUCUUAACAACAUUGUAGAUGGUUGUGUAGCCCGUAUUGCCGCCAAGUUAGAGACGAUGGAACCCUGCUCCAGUGUUAAAGAUAGGAUUGGGUAUAGUAUGAUUAAAGAUGCAGAAGAGAAGGGCCUGAUUACUCCUGGGAAGACGGUCCUCGUUGAGGUUACCAGUGGUAAUACCGGCAUUGGUUUGGCAUUCAUCGCAGCUGCUAAGGGUUAUAAACUUAUCGUUGUUAUGCCAUCUUCGUAUAGUAUUGAGAGAAGGAUUGUUCUUCGAGCUUUUGGAGCAGAGUUGUACAUCACAAAUGCCGCCAAGGGCAUUGAUGGAGUUCUUCAAAAGGCGCAAGAUCUGCUAGAAAAGACGCCCAAUAGUUUUUUUCUUAAGCAAUUUGAAAAUCCUGCCAAUCCAAAGAUUCAUUAUGAAACUACUGGACCAGAGAUUUGGAAGGGUUCUGAAGAGAAAGUCGAUGCCCUAGUUGCAGGGAUAGGGACUGGGGGGACAGUUACUGGGGCAGGGAAGUUCCUCAAGGAGAAAAACUCAAAGAUAAAGGUGUAUGGUGUGGAACCAGCUGAAAGUGCCAUUCUAAAUGGAGGAAAGCCUGGCCCACAUAAGAUACAAGGAAUUGGUGCUGGCUUCAUCCCUGCUGUAUUGGAUGUCAACAUUCUUGAUGAAGUUGUUCAAGUAUCGAGUGAAGAAGCUUUGGACACUACUAAGCUUCUCGCUUUGAAAGAAGGUUUACUGGUGGGGAUAUCUUCUGGGGCUGCAGCUGCUGCUGCAAUAAAGAUAGCCAAGAGACCAGAAAAUUCUGGGAAACUCAUUGUUGUUAUUUUCCCAAGCUUUGGAGAGCGUUAUUUAUCCACUGUGUUGUUUGAUUCCUUGAGGCAUGAGGCUGAAAACAUGAGUUUCGAGUAAGGUGUUAGUGUUACCCAGCAGCCUAAAGAAGCAUGACUUAUCCUUUCUGCUACUUUUUGUAUUGCAGUUUGUGUUGGACAUUUAACCAAUUGAUUAUUUUGAACAAUGUUUGAUUUGUAAAGAUUCAAAAUAAUAGUUAGUGUGAUCUCUUUUUUCUUGAAAUAA